AUGGGGAAUACGCAGGGGAAACCGGUGUGCUCCUCCGAUGAGGUGAACCUGAAUCAGUUCCGAUUGCUACGAGUAGUAGGAAAAGGAGCGUUUGGCAAAGUUCGCAUCGUCGAGAAGAAGGAUACCGGCUUAACAUUUGCUCUCAAAUAUAUCCGGAAAGAAGAAGUGGUUCGAUCGGAAAGCGUACGGAACAUAAUUCGUGAACGACGAAUGCUCGAACACCUGAACCAUGCCUUUCUUUGCAACUUAAGAUACAGUUUCCAAGAUAUAGAGUAUAUUUACAUUGUGGUGGAUUUAAUGAACGGCGGUGAUUUGCGGUUUCACAUCUCUAGAAAAUGCUUCACGGAGGAGGCCGUGCGAUUCUGGGUGGCGGAGCUGGGUUGUGCUCUGCGAUAUAUCCACUCCCAAGGUAUCAUACACCGGGACGUAAAGCCGGAUAACGUCUUGCUGGAUUCGGAGGGACACGUCCAUUUGGCCGAUUUUAACGUUGCCUCGGACUUCCGACCCGGAAAGCCUCUCACGAGUAAAUCGGGAACGUUGGCGUACCUCGCCCCCGAAGUCUACGAAGGAGGAGGAUAUUAUUGCGAAGUCGAUUGGUGGUCGCUCGGUGUUACUUUCUACGAGUGCAUCUACAACAAGCGGCCGUUUGAAGGCCGCAGCCAGGACACGCUGAGUGAAAAUAUCAAGAAAGCGUCACCGAAAUACUACGUCACCAACCCUGCCGUCUCGGUUCCAUGUCUACGCGCAAUGGCUGCCUUUAUGGAGAAGGACCGGAGCAAGCGUAUCGGCGCAAUCAGUUUCGAAUCGUUCACCUCGCAUCCUUUCUUUGCCGAGCUUGAUUUUGUCGCUCUCGAGCGGAAAGAAAUCCCGCCCGUAUUCACACCCUCCAGCGACAAGACCAACUUCGACGCCACCUAUGAUCUGGAGGAGCUGCUCUUAGAAGAGGCGCCGCUCGAAGCUAGAGCUCGCCGACAGAAACCGAGAGCUGAGUUGCGAGAAGAUGCGACGGCCAAGGAGAUUCGGGAGGAUGAACUUCACCGCCUCAUCGAGACGAUGUUUGAGCCGUUUGAUUAUACUAUGGUGACUUUUCGAGGAAACGCCGCCGAUGCGAUCGCAGCUACAACGAACCCGGAAGACGUUCUUCCUGCUGGCUCGACUCAUUCACGACAGUAUUCUCAGCAUGAUUCGAGGAACUCGCCUCCCCCUCAACGCAGUGAGGGCUCGGUAGGCCGCCUGACCCAGCCGGAUACGCCCUCUCCCCUCGGAGGGACCCCAGAACCUCAAGACCCAGCGUCAGCGCCUAGCUCAGCGCCCAAUAGCAAGAUUCCUCUCUCGCUACAGGCAGCGCAAGCCCCGCCUCCACCACCGCCUGCUCCUUCUUUCCAUCGGCCGCUACCGCAAUCUAACCGCCCGCGUGGAGCAACGCGCAAGACAAGCAAAGGCGGAGGAGUGCAGAUGGUUCUAGAGGAAGCCGGUAGCUGGAGCGAGCUAGCGGACCAUAGUACCACGCUUCCGGCGGAAGGCUACGAUACGAACAACCCGAAAGGAAAGUCCUCCAACAGUGGCAUGCUUGCUUUCCUGAGCCGGAAAAAGGGUCGGGACAGGAGUCCCAAGCCACAAGAGCCAGGUGUUUUGGGCAAAGAAGGUGCCCGACAAAUCAUUGGCUCAUAG